AUGGCUAAUUCCGCCAUUUAUCAGAUACGAGGUGGGUUAUUUCCUGAUGAAGGGGUUCCGCCUGCGUACUGGCCGGCCAGCGGAGACCUCAAGGUCGAGAAGCUCUCCGCUCGGUACUCUCUGGACGGGCCUCGCGUGCUGCACGACAUUUCCUUUGAGGUGAGAUCUGGGGAGCGAGUCGGCAUUGUUGGUCGCACUGGCAGUGGAAAGAGCUCCUUGACUCUGGCCCUUUUACAGUGUAUUAUUACUGAAGGAAAGGUGUACUAUGACGGGAUACCGAUAGAUCGCAUCAACCUUGACGCUCUCCGGUCGAGCAUCACGCUUAUCCCACAAGUGCCCGAGCUUUUGAGUGGGACGUUGCGUCAGAAUGUGGAUCCCUUCCAGCAGUAUGACGAUGCUACCUUGAACGAUGCCCUUCGGUCUGCAGGUCUGUUCUCCUUGCAGAGCAACACAAUCGGGGGCCGCGUCACUCUGGACACGCCCAUCGCAAGUGGAGGAACGAACCUCUCCGUUGGUCAACGUCAAAUCCUGGCACUUGCAAGAGCCAUUGUGCGACAGAGCAAGCUACUGAUUCUGGAUGAAGCUACAUCUGCCAUUGAUUACGCUACGGAUGCUGUAAUCCAGGCAUCGCUCCGCCAAGAGUUGGAUAAGGGCGUGACUUUGCUCACCGUCGCCCACCGCCUUCAAACAAUCAUGGACGCCGACAAAGUUAUGGUGCUAGAUGCAGGUCGGAUUGUUGAGUUCGGCAAGCCUAGCGAGCUUCUGAAGGACGAAAAGGGUACGCUCCGUGCACUCGUCGACAAGAGUGACGACAAGGAGACGUUGUACGCCAUGGCGAGUCAUGUCGGUUGAAACGUACGUAGCCAUUUUUAUGCGAUCCGAGGGCUUUCAAGCUCUGGGUAGACUGCGCGCCGUCAACAUGUUUGCACACUUCAUCAAAGGGUUGUCAGAUAGUAUGAUGUUGCGGACAUAUUGUCUUCGUUGUUGCUACAUGCUGUACCACGGACAACAUACACGACUAUACUACUAGUCUAACUCGGCGGCGUGUGUGAGUAUGGGUACAGCACGUACACAGCUGUGGUCCAUAGAAUCGGCCUGGACCGUCCAGCAUGGUGGCUGAUACAUAUGUGUCCAACAUGCAUGUCUUCGUCGAUGUUUAGCAAUGCACACCGAGAGUAUGUUGUGAAAGUCUGUCCGGUAGCAUAGGCGAU